AGGAGGAAACUGACUCGGAAAGGGGAAGGCGUUUGCCUCAGGCCACGCCGCUGGGAAGGGUCGGGUUUGGAUUCAAAGCGAGUCCUUUCGCUGCCGCCGGAGCGCUCGCUCUUGGCCCUGGAAGCCGGGUUCUCGUGCUUAAUUCGGGUAAAGAAUCUCGGCGUAGGAGGUAGGGGUUAGUUAAUAGUUUGCGGGACUCCGCAGAUUUAGUCUGGGAUAGGGUUCUGGAGUCUAUUUUCAGCAGCCGUGCAGCGCACGUAACAGCACAUCGCUCCCCUGUGAACACAGCAAGAAUGAUAGCUGGUUGUCGCGUUACGGUUUUAAGGCCUCAACUGAGAGAAAAUAUCAUACGAGAGCUUCCUCUACAAAUCAUAUGGGACUGGAGAAUACCACUUCGUAGUUUGAAUCAGGAAUGAACUUUUCUGAAAGCUAAGAGUAGAAGUCUUGAUCAGCAUGGAAGACAAAAGACGGCGAGCCCGAGUGCAGGGAGCCUGGGCUGGUCCUGCUAAGAGCCAGGCCACUGCUCAGCCAGCUCCCACUGCUGAGAACCGUCUCCAACAGAGACCUGGUAAAACCUGGAUGAACAAGGAGCAGCAUCUGUCUGACAGACAGUUUGUGUUCAAAGAACCCCAGGAGGUGGUACGCAGAGCCCCAGAGCCACGAGUGAUCGAUAAAGAGGGUGUGUAUGAAAUCAGCAUGUCGCCCAGAGGUGUAUCUAGGGUGUGUUUAUGUCCUGGCUUUAUUGACUUGAAAGAGGCCGACUUGGUGUUUGAACAGCUUUGUCGGGAUGUUCCCUGGAAACAGAGGACCGGCAUCAGAGACGAUGUAACUUACCAGCAACCAAGGCUUACAGCAUGGUAUGGAGAACUUCCUUACACUUACUCAAGAAUCACUAUGGAACCCAAUCCUCACUGGCAUCCUGUGCUGCUCAUGCUGAAGAACCAAGUUGAAGAGAACACUGGCCACACCUUCAACUCCUUGCUCUGCAAUCUUUACCGGAGCGAGAAGGACAGCGUGGACUGGCACAGCGAUGACGAACCUUCACUGGGGAGGUGCCCCAUUAUUGCUUCUCUCAGUUUUGGUGCCACACGUGUGUUUGAGAUGAGAAGGAAGCCCCCACCAGAAGACAAUGGAGACUACACAUAUGUGGACAGAGUGAAGAUACCCUUAGAUCACGGGACCCUGUUAAUCAUGGAAGGGGCCACGCAAGCGGACUGGCAGCAUCGAGUGCCCAAAGAGUACCACUCCAGAGAACCAAGAAUAAACUUGACCUUUCGGACAGUUUAUCCUGACCCUCGAGGGGCGCACUGGUGAUGAGAGAUCCUGGAGAGAGGAGCCGUGCUGAGACUGAGCAAACCUUCCUCCAUGAAGACACUUCCGGAGGCUGGUCCAGCUGCUCUCGUGGCUGUUUGGAGGAUGAGGAUGGGAUUUGCUUCCCAGCUCGGAGUCCUAUUAAAUGACAGCCUGCAGUUCGUGUUCAAAAUACGUUUACUGUGGGAACAGUAAUCCCUAAUCACAUUUUGAAAUCACAUAUUUUCUUUAGGCAAAUUAAAAACCGCUGUGGCUGUGUUUACCAA